CAUUACUACUCAGUAUUGCUCCGUGACUACUCAGUAUUGCUCCGUGAAAUACAAAAAAGCGUUCCAUUCCGAUAUGGAUUGACAGGUCUUGUUUUAGGUUCACAUUGAAGGAAGCUAAGUCACGGUGUCAAUAAAAUGAAACGUGGUAUGGACUAAAUUGGACAGAUCCUACUGUUAACAGUAGGAAGCAGGACAAAUGUCAAAUGGAAUUGCACACAAGUUUUCUCCCUAACAAUGAUACUGUAUUAGAUGUAUAUAUUUUGUUUGAUCUAUGGGUGCAUGAAUCCUCCAACAAAUCUUACACAGAAAAAAUGAACAAAAACAAAGCCGAAGCAGAUCAGUUACUGGAAAUUGGAGAAGAGCUCUUACAAAAACGAGAUCUAAAAGGUUCAAGAGAAAUGGCAGUUCUAGCUCAAGAAAUUGACCCUCUUCUAGAAGGUUCCGACCAGAUCAUAGCAAUCGUUGAUGUUCUCGAAGCAGCUGAGAAGCCUCUAAAUUUCAACAGCAACAAUCUCGAUUGGUACGCUAUUCUCCAAAUCAAUCGAAAUUUGUCACCAGAUCUGAAUCUCAUAAGGAAACAGUAUCGCACUCUUGCUCUUCUUCUUCAUCCUGACAAGAACCGUUUUUCAUUUGCUGAACUCGCUUUCAAGCUCGUUUCCGAUGCUUGGGCCGUUUUGUCAGAUCCGGCUCAAAAGGCACGUUAUGACAAGGGUUUUGAAUUUGAGGAGAAGGGUUUGGAAAAUGGAACGGUUAAUUUUUGGACUGUUUGUCCUUAUUGUUACCGUUUGUAUGAGUAUUCUAAGGUUUAUGAGGGUUGUUGUUUGAUGUGUCAGAAUUGUAACAAAUCUUUUCAUGGUGUUUCGAUUCAGGCUCUUCCGCCAAUUGUUCCUGGACAAGAAGCUUAUUAUGUUUCUUGGGGAAUGUUUCCGAUGGGUUUUGUGUUUGAGAGUUCAGAGAAUGGUGGAGGUGGUGGUGAUUCUACUACGCCAAAGGCAUAGAUGUUUUUGUGUUUUCUAAAAAAAUCUCUUGUUUUGUUUUGUAAAUGUAACUUUACUGGUUUCUAACUAACAUGACGUUAAUUAAAAAUUUAACUAGAAAGAUAUAAUUAUGAUAAA